GCGUUUCCAGUUUUCUAAAAAUAAAAAUCCUUUAUGAAUUAAUUUUCUUCCCUCUUCUCAAGCUCCAAAUCGCAAAUCGCAUCUCCUCCGGCAUCAACCUCCUCCUAAAACCUCAACAACAAAAGCAGCAUCUUGUAUUUGCAUCUCUAGUCAGCGGCGCCUCUUCCAACCACCUCUCCUUCUCCAUUGCUGCUAUUCUCUGUUGAGGGAGCUCAUCCUGCCCUGGCUCAGGGACGGGCCUUGUGAAUUCAUCUAAGGUUUUAGAAGAGUGAAAAUGUUACAGCACCCGCAGCAACAACUACUGCAACAACAACAACAACAACAACAACAACAGCAGCAACACCAACAGCAGCAACAACAUCAACAGCAACAACAUCAACUGCAACAAAAUCAGCAACAGCAACAGCUACAACAGCAGCAGCAACAGCAUCAACAACCGUUAGUUCCGGUGACAGUUUCGGCGGAAAUAAGUGGGGAUGCGCCUCCAAAGCAGGUAGCAAUGGCAAUGGAUAGGCUGGGGCAAGCCUCACGCCUAAUCGCCGACAUUAGGAUCGGUGCCGAUCGAUUACUUGAGGCAUUCUCUUUGUCUUCUGACACUCACCAGCGUUUGAAAUCCGUCAAUUUUCUCGUUAAAGAAGAGUCUGCCAUGCGUCACCACUUACAGGACCUUCGCAAUAUUGGAAGGCAGCUUGAAUCCUCUGGGGUCCUGAAUGAAGCACUUAGAUCACGAAGCAACUCUUGGGGAUUACACAUGCCUUUAGUUUGUCCAGAUGGUGCUGUUGUUGCAUAUGCCUGGAAGCGGCAACUUGCUGGCCAGGCUGGUGCUUCUGCAGUUGACAGGACUAGACUAGCUCUGAAAUCCUUUGGAGAUCAAAAGCGGAGAUUUUUUCCUCAUCUUGACUGUGAAUCAUCUUCAAAAAAACAAUGUGUUUCACAAGAAUCUUUGAUCGAGAACCCAGAAGAAACUAGUGGUUACAGAACACUGACUGAUACAUUAGAGUGUUUGGAGAAAGAAGUGCCGGACAUGAAGAUUUGCACUUAUGAAAGGUUGGAGUGGCUGAAGAGAGCUUCUUUACUUCCUGCUCCAGCCAAUGAGGAUGCCUUUGAUUCGUCGAUGCCACAAGCUUAUCAUGGUCCAAGUAGUUUAAGACCUGGAUCUCCGCAUGUCCCCUCAGAUAAAGUUGCUGUAAUUGAAUUAUCUAUCCCUUCUGUGUUUAGAGCUGUUGUGUCCCUUCACGCUGCUGGUUCCACAGAUCCUGAUGCAGUGGCCUUCUUUUCACCGGAUGAGCAGGGAGGGAGCCAUGUACAUGCAAGAGGUUCAUCAGUUUAUAAUGCAUUUAGGCAUAUAACGGAAUUUUCUAAUAUAGCUCUACAACAUUUCCUUGGAAAUAAAUCAGAGAUGGCUCUGUAUCUUCUUCUGCAUUGGAUCAGCAGCUAUCAGAGCCUAUUUACGCAAGCAUGCAGCAAAUGUGGACGGAUUCUUUCAAUGGAUAGACAAUCAGCAUUGUUAUUGCCUCCUGUUCAUCGCCCCUACCAAAACUUGCUUGCUGCUAAGUCCGCAUCAGGUUCGCCAAAGAAUCAGAGUUCAACCGCUGGUGAAGCUUAUCAUGUCAGCUGCUCCCCGCCAGAUGUGUAGUGUUCCGGUUAAAUUCUACUGGACUUCAGAUCGGUAUGCCAGUUAUUUCUGAAGUAAACAAGUAAAUCACGGGGUAGUUCAGUUUAUGAACUUGUAGAAGAGUGAUUGACAAAGAAAGGUGAAGGCUACAUCUCUUAAGAUACCAAAUUCGGGACGCCAUAGCAUGAUAGAUGGAGCUACUGAAAGAAGUGGCUAGCUUUGGAGGACUUGUACUGGAUCUUCCUCGGCAUUUUUCUUUUUUCUUGAAACUUUGAUUUCUUGUGUACACAUCUCUUGCUUGAGUAUAGACUACACGACUACCCUGGUCUACAGUCAUGUAAAGCCCUUUUUAUUAACAUUCUCAUAGAGUUCAAUUUGGCCUCCAUAAGUCGUAUAACUAAUCAUGUGUUUCUUUAUCGCAUCAAACCUAAUCUCCAGUAUUAGUUAGUAUA